CCGGGCCGGGCCUGUGCGUCGGCGCCCGCGGGGCUCCGUGCCGGGCCGCCCGCCCUGGGCGCGAGCGCCGCCGUGUCCCCGGAGCCCGCGGGCGGCGGCGAGGCGGAGGAGCGCUCGCUGCAGCACAUGCUGCGGGCCAUAGCGGAGGAGCGCGGCCGCCUGAGCCUGCGCCGGGAGGUCUGCGGCCUCGGCUGCCUGAAGGAUGACCGCAUCGUGUUCUGGACGUGGAUGUUCUCCACCUACUUCAUGGAGAAAUGGGCCCCGCGACAGGACGACCUGCUCUUCUACGUGCGCCGGAGACUGGCAUACACAGGCAGCGAGAGCGGCGGGGAGGGCAGGAAGCCAGCAGAGGCUGAGCCCGAGGUGGAGGUGGAGGUGUACCGGCGGGACUCGAAGAAGCUGCCAGGCCUGGGGGACCCCGACAUUGACUGGGAGGAGAGCGUUUGCCUCAAUCUCAUCCUGCAGAAGCUGGACUACAUGGUGACCUGUGCCGUGUGCACGCGUGCCGAUGGCGGGGACAUUCAUAUCCACAAGAAGAAGUCGCAGCAAGUGUUUGCGUCCCCCAGCAAGCACCCAAUGGACAGCAAGGGGGAGGAGUCCAAGAUGAGCUACCCCAACAUCUUCUUCAUGAUUGACAGCUUCGAGGAGGUGUUCGGUGACAUGACUGUGGGGGAAGGAGAGAUGGUAUGCGUGGAGCUGGUGGCCAGUGACAAAAGCAACACCUUCCAGGGGGUCAUCUUCCAGGGCUCCAUCCGCUACGAGGCGCUCAAGAAAGUGUAUGACAACCGGGUGAGCGUGGCUGCCCGCAUGGCCCAGAAGAUGUCGUUUGGCUUCUACAAGUACAACAACAUGGAGUUUGUGCGCAUGAAGGGGCCCCAGGGGAAGGGCCACGCUGAGAUGGCCGUCAGCCGCGUGUCCACGGGUGACACAUCCCCCUGUGGGACCGAGGAGGACUCCAGCCCAGCCUCACCCAUGCAGGAGCGGGUCACUUCCUUCAGCACGCCACCCACCCCAGAGCGCAGCACGCGGCCCACCUUCUUCUCCCCGUCCCUCAAGCGGAAGGUGCCACGGCCUGGCAUAGCUGAGAUGAAGAAGUCCCACUCGGCCAAUGACAGCGAGGAGUUCUUCCGCGAGGAAGAUGGCGGAGCCGAGCUGCACAAUGCCACCAACCUGCGCUCCAGGUCCCUGUCCGGCACGGGCCGCUCCCUGGUCGGGUCCUGGCUGAAGCUGAACCGUGCCGACGGAAACUUCCUUCUCUACGCACACCUGACCUACGUCACUUUGCCGCUGCAUCGGAUUCUGACAGACAUCCUGGAAGUCCGGCAGAAGCCCAUCCUGAUGACCUAGCCGUGCCCGAGCCCUGCCCAGCCCUGGGAGCGCCGCCAAGUGCCUACCGCCACCGCCACCGGGCUCUUCUGUGACAAGGCAGCGCUCGAGCCGCGGCCACCACCAGCCCAAACGGAAGUGCCUCGUCUUCCUCCCCGCUGGCUGCGCCCGCCCACCCACCUGUCAGCCUGACCUGCGGCUCCGGCUGGGAAGUGCAGGAGACUGCGGAGAGCGCAGGGUUGCCGCAGCGGACACGCGUGGGCCAGUCAGCAGAGGAGGGCGGGCCUGCCACCCUUGGCCAUCGCCACAGCUCGCCCCCUGCUCAUCAUGUGGCCAGAACCAGGGCUGAGACGGGAGCCAGGGUGCUGCCUGAGCCCCAGGCUGGGAAUCCUUCACCCCACGGUCGGCUCCGCGGAAAGGUCCAGCAGACAGGUCCCAUCCUCCCACACCGGCCUUUUGCUUCCAGCCAAAGAACACCACCGCCCUGCAGCCCUCCAGCCUGUGGCCUCCAGGCGGUGGGGAAGAGCAGGGCCUCGCGGGGCGGAGGAGGGCAGGGCGCGUGUGGUUUCAUCUCUUUUGGGGUCUUCAUGCACUCUCACCACUGGACAGAGUGUGCUGGUCCCAUCUCUCAGACCAGCUCACUGAGGCCAAGAGGAACUGGCUCAGUCGGGGGCCUGUAUCCUGUCAGAGCCUGGGCAGAGCCCCCGGGGUGUCGGGCGACGGGCUCUGGGCAGGAAAGGCAGGCGAGGCGUGCACUCUGCCGUCCAUUUUUAUUCCACGGGCUCUGGGGACAGGGAACUACUUUGAGGCUUUCUCCAGAUUUUGUAUGUUAUUAAAAGCGAGCUGUUGCAUUUCA